AUGACUGUUCCGUUUAGUAUACCCACCACGGAUCUUGAUUAUUGUUUGGAACAAUUAUUAGAUCAUAAACCUCCCAAGAUCUUACCCCCAGAGACAAUACAACAACUAUGUCAUACGUUGAAGACACAGUUGUUGUCAGCCCCUAAUAUCAUGCAACUUCAAUCACCGAUAUCGGUGGUGGGUGAUAUUCAUGGUCAAUAUCAUGAUCUUUUAGAAAUCUUUCAAAUUGGAGGUUCGCCUCCUGAUACCAAUUAUUUAUUCUUAGGAGAUUAUGUGGAUAGAGGAUAUUAUUCAGUAGAGACUAUAUCAUUAUUGAUUGCCUUGAAAUUGAGAUAUCCUGAUCGGAUUUAUUUAAUAAGAGGAAAUCAUGAAUCAAGAACAAUUACCACAAAUUAUGGAUUCUAUACUGAAGUAUUAACCAAAUAUAAUGGAUCAUCAGAAGUUUGGACUUAUUUCACUGAUCUAUUCGAUUAUUUACCAUUAGGAGCUACGAUUGAUGGCAAGAUAUUUGCAGCUCAUGGAGGUUUAUCACCAAGUUGUCAACAAUUAGAUCAAAUUAGGGCUCUUGAUCGAUUUAGAGAGAUACCUCAUGAUGGAAUAAUGGCUGAUUUAGUAUGGUCAGAUCCGGAUACAGAAAUAAUGGAUUUUAAAUUAUCACCAAGAGGGGCUGGUUACCUAUUUGGUUUAGAUGUUAUUAAUAAAUUUUGUCAUGAUAAUGAUUUAGUGCAAAUGAUUCGAGCUCAUCAAUUAUGUAAUGAAGGUUAUACAAGUUAUUGGAAGGGGAAAUGUUUAACAGUAUGGUCAGCACCUAAUUAUUGCUACAGAUGUGGUAAUAAAGCAAGUGUAUUAGAAAUUUUACAUUCAAAUUAUGGAUCUAAAGAACAACAACGACUGAAUACAGAGGAAGAUAUAAUUGAAGAUGAUGGGAAUUUCUUAUCUUAUGAAGAUUAUGAAAAUCGAUUCAAUAGUUUGAAAGUUCGUCAACGUCAAGGUGUCCUUGCAGGUCAAUUCUUUAAUGUAUUCGAGGCAUCCCCUGAAAAUAAUGAAGAUACAAGUCAAGGUAAAAGUGUUAAUGGAAUCAAUUCAAAUGAAAACUUUACUGGAAAUGGUGAUUUCUUCUCAUCUUUCUUUCAAGAAAGACCUGCUAAACAAUAUGUGGAAUAUUUCCUUUAA